AUGUCGGCUGAGCUGCUCAUCCCCUUGCACGUCUCUUAUAUCCAGAACUUAGGCAAAAGCAAGGAUGAUCUUGCCUACCAUCUCACGGCGCACCUCCGGAUGAACGCGAUAUACUGGGGCCUCACUGCUCUCUGCAUUAUGGACCACCAGGACGCACUUGACAGAGAAGAAAUGAUAGAAUAUGUCAUGAGCUGCUGGGACAAAGAGGCAGGAGGAUUUGGUGCUCAUCCCGACCACGACGCCCAUCUUUUGCCAACCCUGAGCGCUAUCCAGAUACUGAUGACACAGAAUGCUCUGGAUGAGCUAGAUGUCGAGCGGGUAGUGAAAUUCAUAUUGUCAUUGCAGCAGCCGUCUGGUGUCUUUGCUGGAGACUCAUUCGGUGAGAUCGACACGCGAUUUCUUUACUGCGCCGUCAAUGCGUUGUCUCUACUGGACCGUCUGUCUGAUCUCGACAUUGAGAGAACUGUCUCGUAUAUUGUCCAAUGCAGAAACUUUGAUGGGGGUUUUGGAAGCAUCGCAGGGGCCGAAAGUCAUGCCACCCAGGUGUUUGUAUGCCUCGCCGCGCUCGCCAUUUUGGACAGACUGGACGUCGUUGAUCAUGAUACUCUUGCUUGGUGGCUUUCAGAACGUCAAUUACCAAAUGGUGGUCUGAACGGACGACCUGAGAAAUUAGAAGAUGUCUGUUACAGCUUCUGGGUCUUGUCGGCCCUUUCAAUCCUCAAUAAAGUGGAUUGGAUAGACGUCGAUAAGCUGAUGACCUUCAUUCUAUCUGCCCAGAACCCAGAGACAGGUGGUAUUGCAGAUCGACCGGGAGACAUGGUAGAUGUGUUUCAUACGCACUUCGGCGUUGCAGGCCUUUCGAUUCUUGGCUACCCAGGACUACUUGACCUAGACCCUGUAUAUUGUAUGCCGGCCAACAUCAUUGAAGCGAAAGGGUUGAAAAAGGGAUGGAAAGCCUUUCAACGACGUCCGUUACAGGUGACACCUGCUACCGCGACGUAG